AUGGUGCCCCAGCCCGUUGCCAGUCAGAAGUCCUGCCGUUCUCGGCGCAGGGCGAAGUCAAGCGUUAAGGCCGCAGCAGCGGCACCUGCAGCACCAGCGGCAGCAACUGCAGCAGCAGAUGCAGCUGCAAUGCCUGCUGCAGAAUCUGUUGUAGUUUCACCUGAAACGCCAUCAGCAGCUCCACCUGCUGCUCCAGCUGCACCGAGUGAAGCAGCUGGUAGAGUUGAAACAGAUGGAGCAGCUACAUCGUCUAUGCAACGUACGGGGGCGUUGUUCACGUCUGCUUCUGGGGAAUCUUUUUCAGGUUCUUUACAAGCUCCGAGGCCAGAAGAGGCUACAGCGUUUGAGGGGCGUUGCAUCGCUCCUCUAGGAAUGUCGAGGCCGCCUGUCAGUCUCUUUCUAGACCAACAAACAGAAGCUAAGGACCUUGUCGGGUCGUGGGUCUGUGGGCGGCGAGCUGGCGAGUUUGAGUGGCAGGAGGGGAUCCUGACGCGCUGCGUGCGAGAGGGGCGGUGGAUAGUGAUAGAGCAGUUGCAGCAGCUGGCACAGGACGUGCAUGCGCUGCUGCACGGCCUCACAGCAACAGGUUGCCUGACAGUUCACGAGCAGCAGCAGGAGCUCCGCGUACACCCAGACUUUGCCCUUUUCGCUACGCUAGCAACACCCGAGCGCCAUGUUCGCAGCAGCAAACGUCGCAAAGCAGCAGCAGCAGCAGCAGCAACAGCAGCAGCAGAUGAAAGUACAACUGAAGAGCGACGAGACGAGUGUAUUGAUGUGGCCUUGACGGCUCCGCCGCCUCCUCUGUCACCUCUGUUAGAGUCCUGGGUGUUGCUGCACGUGCCCCCUCCUUCAGCAGCAGACAUUCAUCAGAUUGUUGUUCAUUCUUUUCCCGCAGUUGCUCCUGUUGCUUCGAGGCUCCAGAAGGCCUUCAAUGCUGCAGCAGCAACUGCAGCAGCAGGCCUCGCCAGGCCGGGAUUGCCACCGCCCAAGGCGGCCCGCCUGCCGCAGCUGAGGGACUUUGUGAAACUCUGUAGACGGCUGCAGGUGCUAGCAGCUGACAGCAGCAACAGCAAUUGCAGCAGCAGCAGCAGCAGCAACAGUACGAGUAUCUUUGAGGGGUUUCUGACUGAGCGGCUGAGGCUACGAGUAGUAGAAGAGGCAGCAGCAGUCUUGCUGGGUCACCUAAGUGAUAGAAUGCUGCGACUGCGUGCUGCUGUCGCCUUUGCUGCUUUGUGGGAUGUGCAUGAAGAGCAGGUGCAGGCCCUGCUGUUCAGCCAGAGGCCGAUGCUGCGCGAGACGCCAGAGGCCUUUCAGGUGGGGCCGUAUCUCUUGCCCAAGUUGAAUACCCCUCAGGGGCCCCCCAGCGACAACACCGAUACGGCUGACGAUGACAUUCUCGCACUGGGGGGGGACCCAGAGGCAGCAGCAGCUGCAGCAGCGGGAGCAGGAGCUGGCUUUGUUGCUGAGGGUAUGGAGGAGGAUGCUGAAGGAUCGGCUCUGCUGACUGGGCAGCAGCUGCGGCUGGUGCAGCAGGCAGGAGCUGCAUUGUAUGCGGGGGAGCCAAUGUUGUUUGUGGGGGAUACGGGGGCAGGCAAGACGUUCAUAGUAUCUUACUUAGCCGAGCGACUGGGGAGAGAUCUUAUUGUUGUGAAUUUGCAUCGACAGAGUGAAGGCGAAGACCUCAUUGGCCGCUGGGUACCGAGACACCCCCCCCACGAGGCGGAGCACUUGUGGCGUCAGCUGCUGCAGAACGCCACGCUGAUGCUCGGUGCUCCGGCAGCAGAAGGAGCAACAGAGGCCCCAGACGGUGACAGCGAUGCCGAUGCCCCCAAACUCAAGAAACGCAAGCAGCAGCAACAGCAGCAGCAGCAGCAGAAGGGGCGAGGAUCCAGCGUCAUCGAGUCUAUGAGGCAGAUGAUGGUGCGGGUGACCCGUGGGGGCUCCCGCUUGUUGCAACGAGAGGCGUACGUAGCGCUGCUCAGGCUUGCUGCUGCAGCGAACAGCGCUCUGCUGCAGCUGCUGCGGCAGUGUGGCAACAUGCUGCCAAUGGUCUGCACCACACCGCACAAGCAGCAGCAGAAGCAGCAGCAGGAACAGCAGGGAGAGCGCGUGACAGCAGGUGAGCUGAUGGCACGGUGUACGGAGCUGCAGGCCUCUCUCUCUACUCUAUUGGAGGACCCUGCCCUCAGCGACUGUAGUGCGGCUACACCGCGGAAGUUUGAUUCCCUCGUUGACGCCUGCGGCUUACGAAAGUUCUUGCCUGCUGCUGGUGAGGAGUCGGAGGCAGCAGCAACAGCAGCAGCUGCAGCACCUGGGGGGGCCCUCAAGCGGCGAAGUCAGCUGCAUUUUGUGUUCACUGAGGGCCCCUUGGUCGAAGCAGUGAGGACGGGAAAGUGGCUGCUGCUAGAUGAAAUAAAUUUGGCUCCGCCUGAUCUGCUUCAGCGGCUGCUGGGGCUGCUGGAGGAGCCAGAUGAGCCGCUGCUGCUACUCGAGGGGGGCAAGCCACGCCGGGUGUACAGACACCCGAACUUUCGCGUUUUUGCAUGUAUGAACCCCCCCAUCCUCGCGCCGCCACUCAGAAUGGCGGAACACAAAUUAUCUUUUGAGGACGAACAGGAGCCCCACGACGCAGACGAGGCCCUGCAGCAGCAGGAACAGCAGCAGCAGCAAGAAAAGCAGGUGGUUUCAGAUGCGUCCGCGGGUGUGGGGAAGAGAGAACUGCCUGCUGAAGUGCGGCAGCGUUUUACGGAGUUGUAUGUAGACGAGACGGAGUGCCUUGAGGACAUAACUACAGUUGUUGAUGCCCAUUUGCGGGCCUUGAGCGCUGAUCCACCUUCUCGGCUGGUAGCUGAGGUGUACGUACACCUCAAAUAUCUUGCGGAGGCGGGUCAGCUCUUAGACGGUAACAACAAAACCCCAUGUUACUCCCUGCGGACACUUUCACGUUCGCUGCUGCAUGCAGCUGCUGUGGCCCGCAGGCCUGUGCGGCCCAUGCAGCUUCGUGCUGCAUUGAAAGAUGGUUUCCUUGCUUUGUUCGGCUCCUCACUGAACCCCCUUAGCGCCGCGAGAGUUGAGAGGGUUUUAACAAAGGCCUUUAAAGAAGGCGCCCCGCAUCCCCCUGCCAGGGGGAAUCCAGCUGCUCGUGGUGGGCAGCAGCAGCAGCAGCAGCAGCAGUUGCUGCAGCUCCAGCUGCUGCCUGCAGUACCAGGCGAAGACGGCCACGUGGCAGUUGAAGGAUUUAUUAUCCGCAGAGGGGGGGAGCCGAUCGACGUGGAUGCGCUGAAGAGGAGGUUUGUGUUGACGCCGAAUUCCGAGGUGUACGUACACCGCGUGCUGCGGCUUCUGAGCGGGAGCCGCUGCGCGCUGCUGCUAGAAGGGCCAACGUCCUGCGGCAAGACUUCUUUGGUUUCUUUUUUGGCAGCAGCAACGGGCCACAAGUGCAUUCGAAUCAACAACCAUGAAAACACAGAUAUUCAGGAUUAUGUGGGUAGCUAUGCCCCAGACGCUGAGGGUAGACUUGUCUUUGCUGAGGGGCCCCUAACCCUUGCAGUCCGCCACGGCUGGUGGGUCCUCAUAGAUGAGCUCAACCUCGCCCCCUCCGACGUCCUAGAGGCGCUGAACCGUUUGCUGGACAGCAACCGCGAGUUGAUACUGCCUGCAACGGGGGAGGUAGUGAGGGCACAUAGGGACUUUCAGUUGUUUGGGACGCAGAACCCUGCAGGCAUUGGGGUGUAUGGGGGCCGCAAGGUCUUCUUUGGUGCGCACGGCUUCAUGACGAUCCGCGACCUCAUCAGAUGGGGCCGCCGCGUAGGGAAUUCCCCCUUCCAGCACAUGCUGCAGCAGCAGCAGCAGCAGCAGCAACGCAAGCAGCAGCAAGAGCAGCAGGAGCAGGUGCAAGAAUAUGCGCCAAUGUCCUUUGAAGAGGUGGCAUUGGAGGGCUGGCUGCUGGUGGGGGAGAGGCUCCGCACAGAAGAAGACAGAGCUGUUGUUCGUGCUUCGUUAGAGCGUCACUGCUUGGGGUCAACACCAGCAAAACCCAAACACCUGCAGGUCAAUUUCUCUACAGACCCAUAUGUCUUGGCCUUUCGUCGCCUGCUGCACAGAAAGGUUCAGCGCUGCUUGCAGCAGCAGCAAGUAGCAGCAGACGCAGCAGCACACGCAGCGGCAGCUGCCGCACGCGCGGCUGCUCUGAGCGAGGCCCCGGAAGCUGUGCGCAGGGAAGCUGAGGCAGCAGCAGCGACUGCAGCAGCAACUGCAACAGCAGCUGCUGCUGCUGCAACGGAGCUGCCCGCCUUCCUUCCCUUCUCCUUCAAUGCUGCUUCCCUCAGGCUUCUAGGCUUGACGCUGAGGGCGCUGGUAGCGGAAGAAAAUUUGUUGCUUGUUGGAGACACAGGCUCAGGCAAGACUGCUGUAUGCGAGUUGAUUGCGUGGACGCUGCAGCAGCAGCAGCAACACCAGCAGCAACCGCAACAUGGGCAGGAGCAGCAGCAGCAGCAGCAGGGGGAGGAGGAUAUGACAGCGCUCGAAAGGGGGCUGGUACAGCGUCUGUCUCCCAAUGGCAUGUUUGUCUAUAACUGUCACCUACAGAUGGAAGCCUCUGAGCUACUCGGCUGCAUGAGUCCUGUGCAUCAAGGCGAGCUGCUGCAGCAGCAGCAUCACGCUGCUGCACUGCAGCAAGAGAUUCUGCACAUGGUCGAGCAGCCUCCUUCUCCUGACGACUUGCUACCGAACUGGCGGCAGCUGAGGCAUACUGCAGCAGCAGCAAAAGGAGCAGCAUCAACAGCAGCAGCAGGGGGCAACUUGUCUGAGGAGGAGUGUGUGAGAACCAGUGGUCUGGUGUUGCGCUUCUACGAGCUGCUGCAGGCAGCAGCAGCAGACGUCGUCAUUUGUCUAAGAGCCCACAAGGAAAGGGGGGGACUAGAGAUGGGGGACGAGGACACCAACCUCUUUUUCAGGGCUCUUAGCAAGGCAGCCAAACAGGCACAGCAGCAGCUGCUGCAGGAGACAGAUGCAGCUGCAGCAGAUGCCGCUCAAAAAAAGACAGAACUCAGCCAGCAGGUAGAAACAGCGAGACGUACACUACAGCAUGAACAAAGCAAACACCAGCAGCUGCUGCAGAAGCUGCAGCAGCAAGAGCAGGUGGAGGAGCAGCAGAAGCGGCAGCCGUUGCCCCAAAAGGGAGAGAAGAAAGAACAGGGCCUCUUUGAUGCUGCUAGAAGACAGCAACUUCACGCGCAGCAGCAGGAUCAUCAGGAACAGCAAGAGGAGCAGCAGCAACAGCAACAGCAGCAGCAGGAGGGCAAGCUGGCAGGAAAGAAGAGGCGGAAGGGGACACGAAACAGAGCAGCAAAAGAGACAGCAGCUUCGGUGCAGCAGGAGUUUGAGGAUGCAGCACAGAAGAGGCUCAGGAGGACAUCCCUGAGCUCAGACUCCGCUGCAGCAGCAACAGCAGCAGACGCUGCAGCAGCAACAGCAGCAGACGCUGCAGCACGCGCUCGACAGGGAGAACCAGAUGCAGCUGCCGCUGUACAUGAAGCUGUUGCUGCAGAAGGCACCGGCAACCCAAAUGACGCAGAAACAGACAUUGGUUCAGCUGCAGCAACAAAAGAAGCUCUUGUGGCUGCUGUUGCUGCUGCUGCUGCCGCUGUAGCAUCAGCUGAGGAGGCGGUUGCGUCGAGUGUGUCAGCGGAUGCUGCUGCUGCUGUUGCUGUCGCUGGGCUGCGUGCUGCAACAGGUGCUGCAGCAGCUAUAGUGAAAGCAUAUACGGAGAAGCUGCAGCUGCGUUGUGCUGCUUGGCGUGAUGCAUGCAAGAGGACACGCAGCUUGUUUUGUUGGAGAGAUGGGCCCCUAAUCAAAGCUAUGAAGGCUGGAGCUCUCUUUCUAUUGGAUGAGGCCUCGCUGGGGCAAGAUGCAGUACUGGAGCGUCUUAAUUCCCUUCUUGAGGACGGAAAACACAUACUUCUCACUGAACAAGGUGCUGCAGCAGGUGCCGUUUCCACUGCUCCUGCUGCUGCUGCUGCUGCUGCUGCUGCGGAUGGCAGCGCAAACACCGCAGCAACAGCAACAGCACAAGGUGCAGCUGCCGCAGCAACAGAAGGAGUGGAAGUACACGCAGCACCUGGGUUUCGCUUUAUUGCAACAAUGAAUCCUGGAGGAGACUACGGCAAACGUGAGCUUUCCCCAGCGCUGAGGAACAGGCUAACAGAGGUGUAUGUACCGGCCUUCAGCUUCGAGGCCCCAGAUGCUGUGCUGCUGGUGCUGCAGCGGCUGCAGCACACCUGUCUCCGCGGGCUGCAGCUGCCGUACGCAGCAGAAGCCCUCGCGAAGAAACAUGAGCAGCCACAGGACUGCACCGAGAUGCAGCAGGAGCUGCUGCAGCUGCAGCAUCUGCAGCAGCAGCAACCAGACGGGUCGCAGCAGGACCAGCCCCUUAGCUGCAUCGCUAUCCGGCUGGUGCUGCUGCUGAGGUGGGUGCGGCAGCACAUAAAGCAGCCGCUCUCUAUCCGUGAUGCUUUGUGCUGGAUUUGUUUCAUUCAUCGUUUUGUAGCUUCUCAGCUGCAUGCAACCUCAAACCCAACAAAAGAAGGAGCAGCAACAGCAGCAGCUCGGUGGGCAGUGCAGGGGUUGAUGCACGGCGGCUGUCUGCUGCUUCUCGAUGGCCUAGGUGUGGGAGCAGAUAUGCAGCUUCCACAGCAACAGCUGGAGGCUCUCGCGCAGCGCUACUUGGAGGUCGAGGCAAGCCUAGCUACGCUUGCAGCACCACACAGGUCUCAGCUGGAGAGCGAGGACCAACAGAAGCGGCUGCAGCAGCUGCAACAACAGCUGCAGCAGCAAGUUACAGAGGCAGCUGCUCAUCCCUCACGAAGGCCCCAUUUGGGGGUCUUGCUGCUUCUCAAAACGCAUGCAUGCGGCCUUUACAGGGACUUGGGCUUGUACAGAUACCCUGACCUUCAGAGGCAGCAGGGGGAGCAGCAGAAGCGGCAGGUGGAGGAGCAGCAGCAGAACCAUCAGGAGGUGUUAGGCCCAUGCUGGAGAGAGACGUGCGCAGCCUUUGACGAGGGGGGCUUCGCGUGGGUAUCUGCUGCUUUUGCUGCUCGGCGCAUUGGUAGCAGUCUACAGGAUGAGGAGCAGCUGCAGUUGGGGCCCUUCAGUCUUGCUGCUUUCAGGCAGGCAUCUGAUAAGGUGAUAGGAAGCAGAAACGUGGAGCAGCAGCAGCAGCAGCAGCAGCAAGAGCAGCAGAAGCAACAGCUGCAGCCGGUAGAUGAGCUCCCGCAGGUCAUCCAGUCACCCUCAGUACGGAGGUCUCUAGGACGGCUGCUGCGUUGUUUGCUGCUGCUUCAGCAGCAGCUGCAGCAGCAGCAGCCUGGGGGCUGCCUGGGGAGCAGCUCAGGGCGGCAUGCGGUUCUCCUUGAGGGGCCCCCUGGGGCUGGAAAGACUUUUGUUGUGGGGCUGUUGGCUCGGCUAUGCGGGCGGCAGCUGGUGCGCAUAAACCUCAGCCAAGACACAGAGCUGGGGGACUUGUUGGGAGCUGUUGUACCUGCAGCAGACCUCGAUGACGAUGAGAGCAACACACAAACCACCUGCAACAUUCAGCAGCAGAUGGAGCAGCUAGAAGGAGAAGCAGACAAGAACACACAGACACCACCCAUAGAAAGAAAGAAACCGCCUUUUGUGUGGACAGACGGGGUCUUGACGCGCAGUUUGCGGGCGGGGCAUUGGGUGCUGCUGGAUGAGUUGAACUUAGCGCCGCAGCAAACUCUAGAGGGCCUCAACCCUCUCCUAGACCACCGCCGUUGCAUAUAUCUCCCCACCCCUGAGGACCCUGUAGCCGACAAGACGGGGACACGCAGCAGCAAGUCUUCCUCCUCCUCCUCCUCUGCAGCAACAAAAAAGGAUGCGGCAGUGUACGCACCACCAGGAUUUGUGCUCUUCGCGACGCAGAACCCACACGCUACAACAGCAGCUGCAGCAGGAACAGCAACUACAGGGCGUGGAGGUGUGCAGGGGAGCAGCGGCGGAGACGAGGAGGAGCUAACAGAAGUGGGGAUAGAGGCGGCUCUGCGUCGACUGGGGUUGCCCGCUGAUCUGCAGCACACGCGUCUUGCCUCUGUCUCUAAACGGAAGGGAGACAGCAGCAACAAUGCCAGCAGCAGAGCAGUGGAGGGCCGCAAGGGUUUGCCUCAGUCCCUUCUCAACAGAUUCUGCAGGGUCAGGGUGGAUGAGAUGCUUGAGGCAGACAUGGUUGCCAUUGCUCACAAACUACUAACCUGGCUCCACUAUCAGCAGCAACAGGAGCAGGAGCAGCAGCCGCGACAGAACCAGCAGCAGCAGCAGCAGCAGCCGCUGCCGCAGCGGUCGCAGCAGCAGCACCAGGGGGAGCAGCAAGCGCAGCAGCGCGAAGCAGAGAAGCGGACUCUGGUCUCGCAGAGCGCCGCCAUGGUGCCACAGCUAGGGCCGCAACAAGGGGAGCAGCAGCUGAUGCUGCUGAGUGCAUGCAUUGUGCGGUGCGUCCGCCUGCUGGGGCAGCUGGGGGCAGAGAGGCCCUUUAGAGGCCUCACAGACUCUGUCUACAACCUGAGAGACGCAAUGCGGAUUAUAAAACUCUAUGCGCUCAGGCUGCCAACCGGCGACCCGCGUGCGGCCGUCACCGUGGCGCUGCUGUCGCGCCUGCGGAGCCGUGAAGACCUGGGUGCAGCAGCGCACCUGGUUUCUUUGUGUUUUCCUCUCAGACGUUUCCCGCUGCUGCAGCAGCAUACACGUGCGCUGCAGCAGCAGGACAAACAACAGCAGAAGGAACCAGUGGCAGCUGCCCUCGACGCCGUUGCUGCACUCCUGCGCCCUGGAGUAACGCCUGCUGCGGUGUUGCAUGCUGUGCAGCGGCAUGCGCUGCCGUCUAUAGAGAGUUUUGCUGAUGCGUUUGAGGGGCGGCAGCCCGUUGAUCUAGUAGUGAGGGAUAAUUUCGUCUCCUUUGGAGAUAUGGAGCUGACCCAGCAAGCAGCAGCGCCUGUAGACGUGGGGGAGCAGCAGCAGCAGCAGAUGCAGACAACAGAGCAGCAAAAAGGAGGGAAACUCUGUGGGCUGCUCUUGCAUUCCCAGAGAAUCUGCGUCUCUGCUGUUGCAGCAGCGCUAACAGCAGGAUUCCCUGUUCUGCUUACUGGCGAGAGAGGCGCAGGCAAGGCGAGCAUCGUGAGGUGGCUGGCGGCUGCAUGCGGCGCGACGUUGUGCGAGGUGCAACUGGGGCCCUCUGUAGACACGUCAGACCUGCUUGGGGUGUACAGACAAAUCCAGCCCAGACAAAGGCUUCUUCAGGCCGCCCAGGCAGCGCAACAGGUUGCGGACUGUCUGCUGCAGCAACCGUUGCAGCAACAUCAGCAACAGCCACAUGUGCAGCAGCAGCAGCAGCACUUGAAGGACAUGUGUGCUGCUGUUGGAGCAGUACGGCAGAAGCUGAUAGAGGCCGCGGAGUUGAAUAUCAUACCUGUCUCAGAGAAUGAGGAGAGUAUGGCGCGUGAGAUGCAGCCGAUGACGCUACUGCAACAGAUUGCUGCAGCUACAGCCGCAUUGCUUGAGGGUUGUGACGCGGCUGCUAUGUCCUUGCUGGCUCCCUGUAGUGGCAAGGAUGCUGCAGGGGUCGAGGCAGUGCGUGCUGUGCUGCAGCGGCGCAGCCGAAAGGCCAUGCGGCUGCUGCAGCAGGGCUGCGCUUUGGGCGGCCUGCAUCCCGUAGGGUCUGCUGCAGCAGGAACGUCAGCAGCAGCAGGGGCUGAGGAGGAGAUAUCGCGUUUUGAGUGGGCAGACAGUGCACUUGUGGAUGCUGUACGACGCGGCCAUUGGCUGCUGCUGAGGAGUGCUCACCUCUGCAGCGCCUCAGUUCUAGACAGGCUCAAUGCGUUGUUAGAAGACGGCGGCAGUUUAUUACUAACUGAAGGGGGCCCCCCGAGAGAGGUGAAGAGACACCCCAAUUUCCGAAUUCUCUUCACAGCUGAGGCUGCCGGCUCAUGCAGGCUGUCCGCUGCACUGAGAAACAGAUGCUGCGAGGUGUACGUGCACCCGCCAGGCACAGCAGCAGCAACAGGAACAGCCGCACAAGCAGACCCACCAGACCGAGCAACCCAAACAACGGCCAACCAUACUAGAGAGGAAUGCGCUCUAGACACAGGGGAAAGACCAGGGGUAGCGCCAGCAACAGCAACAGCAACAGCAGCAGCAGCAGCGAGGCAGCCCUUGCUGCUGCUGGAAAGGCUGACGGAGCGGCUGCUAAGAAGUCUUGCAGCUCUCCUGAUGGACCGUGGGACUUCUGCUGCAGCGGCGACAGGAGGAGACACAGAGCUGCAAGCGGUGCUGUCUCGCUGGUCUGCGUCCUUGCUGACGGCAGAGGAAGAACUCGAGGGAGAUCACGGGGGAGGCAAGGCAAAGUCUACAGCAGGUGCAACAGCAGCAAGCGCAACACUCCGCGUCGUGGGUGUUUUCAUCAGUUAUUGUUGCAGCAAGGCUUACUGCAGCACCGGCAACAGCAGCAGCGUACGCCUCUGUCCUCUUUUGCUACAGGACAGCUACAGAUUACUGCUGGCAAGCGAUAGGGGUCUGCCGCUGGCAGCAGCAGAAGUCAUGUCUUUGCAGCAUGCAGCAAUGCAGCUGCUGCUGCAGCUGCUGGGGAACGAAUCCGUGCUAUCUCAGUUUGCUCUUGUGGCACAGUCUUCGCUGUUUGACGCUCCGCUGCAGCACCAAGCGCAGCAGGAAGUGCAGCAGCAAGCCCAGCAGCUGCAACAGCAGAAAGGCACACCACGGGACAGCAGCAGCGAUGUAGUUGCUGCGGGGCUCCGAGACAUCCGCGCUGACCUGGGAGAGACGGCUGCUGCUGCUGGCCUUGCCGGGCUGCAGGCACUCGCUUGCAGAGUCGCAGGAAAGAGCAACAGAGACAGAGCAGCAGCAGCAGCAGCAAGCUGGAGAUGUCUACAGGGUUGGGGCAGCGCCUAUGCAGCUGCUGGAAAUGUGGCAGCUUCAGAUAGAGGAAUUUCGUCAGCAGCAGUAACAGGGACAACGCAAACAGCAGCCGCAGCAGCAGCAGCAGCAGCAGCAACGGCAGGUUCAACAGCGGACAUGGAUCUAGAUGGCAGUGUAUCUGUGCAGACGCUUUUCCAGUGUUUUCUGUGGCAGUACACGGCAGCGUUGGAUUCUUCAGCCGUAUGGCGCUUGCUGCUGCUGCAGCUGUUGGCAGCUUGCUGCUGCUGCUGUUCAGUCUCCAGCAUGGGGGAAGCCAGCAGCAGCUCUGCAGACGGCGGUGACCAUAUGCAACAGGACGACGACUGGGUUAUCCUACGGGGAGCUGUCGAGCGGCAUGUGCUUUUGAAUCAAGAACGCAGCAGCAACAGCAGCAGCAGCAGCAGCAGCAGCAGCAGCAGCAGCAGCAGCACCCGCGAGGGACUGCUAGCUAGGUCUGUUGCAAGUGAGGUCUCGCUCAUGGGGAGUGUUGUUGCUGCUUGCGCUGAGAGGGCUGAGAGGGGGCUUCCGCUGCUCGCUGCAGCAGUGCGCCACUUUAUGUGGAGUGCAGCUGAUGCAGAAGAUUUCGCUGCGCGUCUCCGUGUGCUGCAGCAGCUGCAGCAAGACACACUGCAACAGCAACAGCCACUGCGGCAACGGCAGCGAAAAGCAACUGUCCACUACCUCGCUGCCGCAUGCAGUGCACUACAUGAUAUCGUGCAGGGGCCUCUGCUGCCGCCCGGUGCUGCAGCAGCUGCAACUACUCUAGUUGCAGCUGCACAGGCACACGGCCAGUCCUUCCUCUACACAGCCGCUAGCCUAUUAGGAACUUUCUCGUCCUUGGAGACACGAUAUCUCAGCGGCAGCAGUGACGAGUCGCCUUCGCUGCAGAAGCAACAGCAGCAGAUGCAGCAGCAGGAGCUACUGCGCGAGGUAGUUCACUUGCUCCGCAGUUCGUGUACAGCGCUUCUGAUGCCUGAGCGGCUGCUGCUACUGCAUGCGCAGAAACGCAGCAAGGGGCUAUCCACAGAGUGCCCGCGCUGCAGCCUAGAAGGCCGAGAGUACUUCUGGUGUCUCUUGUUUGCUUACGCAUGGCCUGGAAAGGGGCAGCAUCAGGAGCAACUGGAUGAGCUGCAGCAGGAGUUGGUGCCGCACGAGCUGCUAGAGGAACAGAAUGAAGCAGAGAAGAUUUCACUCGGGGAGUUGAUGCAGCGUGUGUUUGAAGGUCUCCGCCGUCUAUCAAGCUCUACGGUGUCUGCAGCUGACGGGGCUCUCUGCUCGCUUGCUCGGCAAGCCGGUGGCGGGCUGCUGCCGCUGCCUGCUGCUGCUGAGGUCUUGGCUGGGAGCCUUGCGCGGCAGUGUAAGCAUCUGGCCCGCUGCUUUAGCUUGUGGGCAGAGCUGCUGCAGCUGCUGGCUCUCCCUGUUUGCGGUAGAUGCGGCUAUGUUGCUGCAGCAGAGAACGAAAGUAGCAGAGGCAGAAGCAACAGCAGUAGCACCAAACGGCAGCAACUCCUCAGAAGCGAGGAAAGGAUGCAGAUAGCCUUGGAGCGGCAUGGAGGUGUACUGUCUCUGCUGUUUAGACUCUUUGGUGAAAGCCUUCAGGAUUUUGCUGCAGCAGCAGGAGAAACUGCUGCUGCGAUGGGAAACCUCGAUGGCUCGGAGGACUGGGAUUGGGUAGCAACCGCAGUGACAACGUCUCCAGCAGCAGAUGUUGUUGCUGCUGAGCUCCUGCAGCCACUCGGUUGCAUGCGCGCAACGUUGCGGCGUGCAAGCCGUAUUGUGGGGAGCUUUCCGGCAACUGAGAGAGGCGGGGAAUCGCUGCGUUUGCUGGAGGCGAGGAAGCAGCAGCAGCACCACCAGCUGGUACCGGAAAGCGAUGAAUCUGCUGCUGCAGCUGUUGCUGGUACUGAUACAGUGUCCUGCAACAGCUGGAUGUGUCUGCUUCCUCUUCAGCUGGGGCAACACGAGGCACAGACAGUGCGGGGUUGGCUGCUACGAGAGUUGCUGCAUGCAGCAACCCUUAUGGCCUCCUCGGGUUCUGGGCCCGGAGAAGCUGCAGAAGCCACAGAUACAGCAGCAGCAGGCGCAGCAACAACAGGAACAACUGAGGAGCGACGAAUGGCUGCAUUUUCGCGGCGUUUUGCAUGCACAGCCCCGUCUUUAGACUGGGCCUUCGCCUUAUUGUUGCACUCAGGACGCCAUGCAUUUGGCCGUGCCAGUGUAGGAACAUCUCAGCAGCAGCGCCAGCGGCAAGAUCAUCAGCAGCAGCUGGUUCAAAGCAAAUCAUUGCUGCUGCAUGCGCCGGCGUUGCAUGCGCUGUUGCUCAGCAGCUGCGUUCUGCGGGCUGAGGGCCGUGAAGGGGCAGCAGAGAGCCUUGAAGCUAAGGUCGGCGAGGCUCUGCUCCCUGCUCACCAGCCACAGCCACCAACAGCAGCAGGCUCAGCAACUGCCGCUGCUGUACCUUUUCUGUUGAACGGCGCAGCCAGUAGAAUAGCGGCAUUACGCGCAGCAGCUGCUGCAGAGGGACGUAUCGACAGCAAGCAGCAGCGCUGGGUGUCUCUAAGCAGCAGCGCGGUUGUCUCCGUUGGCGCAUUGCAGGCGCAGCUGGCAGCAGCCUCUGCAGUGCAGUUGGGUCUGCAGCAUGCAGCCGAGCUGAUGCUGCUGAAUCUGUGGAUGCAACCGCAUAGAGAAGAGGAGAGAAGGUCUGCUGGCGUUCCUGAUGGUCACGCGGGCCCCGGAUAUUUCAGGGCUGCCACUGCUCUGUCUCUGGCGUUGGAACGCGCUGCACAGACACAGCUGCAGCAACAGCAGGAAGUUCUGCCCCUCUUCACCCUCCCCCCAGCUGCAGUUUCUCUGCUGUCUUCCGAGGGUCCUUCGAGCUCGUGCAGUGCAGCUGCCAAGCCAAUACCCGUUCCGCCAGCUCUGGUGGAUGCUUCUGCAGUGCUUACGGCCGCUCUCUGGCAGCAGAAGCAGAAGCAGCAGCACGAGCAGAAGCGCAAGGAAGCUGUUGGGCUCCAGCAUCUACGGCUUGCUACAUGCGCUGCCGUCGAGGUCUUGUCUUUGAUGUGGCGGACGGAGCUGGAUAUACACUGCAACGACGCCUUGGGCCUCCAGGGUGCUCUCUUUCAUCAGCAGCUGCUGCACGAUGCAUGCGCGCCAGGGAAAGAUGCAAACGCACCAGGAGCAACAGCAGCAAUGGCAGCAGGGCGUCCGAAAGGUCCAGUUGUCUUGCUCACACAGCAGGCCUUGGACCGUCUUGCAGAAACAGCAGGAGGGCUUCGUGGCGCAGCCGCUGCCACAGCAACGACAACAACAGCUGCUCCGCUGGGGCGCGUGGAACGGCCGAUGCAACUGCAGGAGACAGUGAGCGUUGGCGGCAGCUCUACCUACGCUGCUCGCAUUGUUGCAGAGGUGCAGCAGCACGCCACUGUGUCUUCAGCCUGUGCAUGCUUCAUCGUGCUACAACGGCUGCAACGCCAGCUGCAACGCCUCGACGCAGACAGAAGACGGGCCUGCCGGUUGCUGGAGAUGGGCAUCUGCGCGGAGGAGACCGAGGCACAUGGGGAUGCUCGCACCACUUCAGCAACUGCAGCAGCUGUCGCAGUCGCAGGAACGGGAACAACGGCAACUGCUGCCGCUGCUGAGUGGGCAGCAGUCCUGGGUUUUGCUGCUGCUCUAUGGUCAUUCUGCGGGCCGCUGCGGGAGAGGGACUCUGAAUUUUCGACCGACAUUCAGACAGACCAAGCGGUACAGCGAGAUGCUUGGGCGCCCGCAGCAUCUGCUGCGGUCUUGAGUGCACUCAGGGACGCCUGGGCUAGCCUUGCUGGCUUUCUCGGUGCUGGCACUGUCACGGGAGCUUCAACAGGAGCAAACGCAAAAUCAAGAGACGCAGCGAAGGCAGCAGCUGCAGGGCUGCUCACGGUUGCGAAUGACUUGCAGAUGAGAUUAAGAGCAGCGGCAGCUCCACAUGCUGCUGGCAGCGCGGAAGCAGCAACAGCAGCACGCGGUCGCAGCCUGGAUGCAGGCCGGACUGCUAUUGCGUCUUUGAUGAUGCUGCAACAGCUGCUGCAGAGGUGUGCAGAAGUCGCAGACCCGAGUGAGUUGCUGCAUGGCGCCUCUGGCAAGCGGCAGCGUUCGCUGCUGCUGAUGUUGCUGGGAAGAUGGGCUGUCUUGAGCGCAGCAGCAGCAGCAGCAGCGGAGCUCCAGCAGCAGCGAGACGUGGCAGCUUGGCGCCAAGCCGUCCUGAUGAAGUCGAAGGCCUACACAUUAGAGACGGAGGCGCUGCUGUUGCGUGCAGCAGCUCUGGAUGGCUGCGACGGCGUGCAAAGGGACCUGAGUUCGGGGAUUGGUGGCCGCACAUCAGCCUCUGUAGUGCUUGCCGCUGAGACUGCAACGCAUGCAGAUGCGAUGCAGCAACUGCUCCAACAGACCAACAAAGUUGACAGUUUGCUGCAGCAGCUCACGCGCCUUCUCCCGUUGCAGCCAACAGCUAUACCGCCAGACUUGGCCCUACGCUUGCUACCCGCGGGUGCCGCUAUGCCUGCAGCAGCAGAAGAGUCGGACGUAGCAGGCUCGGGGACAGAUGAGGGCGAGGGAGCCACUGCUGCUCAGUUGCAUGUGCUGCAACUUAUAGAGCGCGGCUCGUCGGUCACUGCUGCACCUGAGGUGGCGCUAGCUGCUUGGCUAGAUGGCCUUAAUGAGUUUUGCUGCAACACCCUGGAGACAGAGCGACUUCUCUCUCUGUUGCCAGAGCUGGCGCCUUUACUGCUGGAGGCAGAGGGCGUUGCUCCUGCCGAGAAAGAGACAGGUCCCCGCUCCGCAGCUGCCUUGAGAACAGCAGCAGAAGCAGCAGCAGCGUGCAGCAGCCGCCUUGCUGCUGCCCAUCCUCUCCUCCUCGCGCCUGCCGUGCGUACAGCUGCAACUGGCCUUUGGGCAGUUGCCAAAGGCCUGCUAGAGUUCGGUGAAGCCACGGACGCUCUGCAGCGCCAGCAGCAGCUGCAGCAGCAGCUGCAGCAGCGGCUGCGGGCAGCCUCGCCUGUGUACUUGGUGCUAAAGGGGGCAACAUCGUUUCCGGCCCUGCCGUUUGCUUUGCUGACCGCUGAAAGCGUCGACGAGGGAACGCAGCUGCUGCAGCCGCUGCAGCGAGUGCAAUGGUUGCUGCUGUGGCUACGCGCAGAGGCCGCAGCAGCAGCAGCAGCAGCAGACCGGAGAAGCCGUGGCUCAGCAGCCACUGCUCUGCUUUGUGCGACCCCGUUUGCUUCUGCGCGGGUGGCCCUGGCUGGGUUGCUGCAAGAGGUAUCUCAGAAGCACCUGGCUUGGAGGAAGCAGCAGCAGAUUGCAGCAGACGAGACGGCUACCUUACUGCAGCGCCUUGAGGGUCUUGUCGUUGACCGCUCAGCAGUAGCAGCAGCAGGAAAACACCGGGAUGAUGCAAAAGCUGCAGAGGAACUCUUCCCAUGCAGCGAGGAAUGGGCCCAGAUGGACGAGAAGCACCAGCAGCAAGAGCUGCUGCAAAUGGGGGGCUCAGAGGAUCAGGAGCGCACCCAGUACACGGAAUGGUGCAAUCAAGUCGCCUACAACGAGCAAGCAGAAGAGGAACAGAGACAGCAGCAGCAGCAGCACACGCUGCAUCACCUAGAAGGACUAACUGAGGCAGACUUGCUGCACAUGUGGGGCCGCGCUGUGGAUGCUGCAUGUGCAUGGAGCGGUUGCACCAGCAACAGCAACAGCAGCGUGCGAGCAGGCGACAGUGACCUGGAAGCAGCCGCAGCAUAUCGAGAAGCGCUCACGGCCUCCUUCUGCAUCCUGUUGAACGCACGCAAUGACGGUUCAGCUACAGCUGCAUCUGUGGCAGCGACCCAAGCACCAGCAGCAGCGUCAAGAGCAACGCUAGCCGAAGAUGCACGGGUGCCUCCAGAACUAGACGGCCCUUGCUUUCCGCAUAUCCAGGCUAUGCUGGCGCAGACCAAGGCCCGUUUUAUAGGGGCUUCCCCGCUGCAGCAACAGCGGCAGGAGCAGCAGCUGAAGCAGCUGCUGCUUCAGGAGGACGACGCCGCAGCGGAGGCCGAGCAACAAGAGCAAGUUGACGAAUCUACCACUGCCGAGGCGGAUACAGACGAUAGCACAACAGAACAACAGCUGCAGCAGGAACGGCUGCAGCAGCAACGGGAGCGUGCACGGAAGGUGCGCUUCGCUCAACUCUGUCGUAGCGUGUCCUUUUCUGGGAGCAGCAAGAACGUAGCGACGUCAUUCUAUGCGCCUGGGAACCCCGUGCUGCUGGAGCCUCUGAGCGGUCCCGUGCAGAGAUUUCAGGAGGCAGCUGCUUCGUUUGCUGCCUUUGUAGAUGACCAUCCAGUCCUGCAAAGUAUGCUGCUGCUAACGCAGAGAGUUGCUGCUCUCUGCCUCCUCACUACAUCUCCUGCUGACGCGCUAGCUGCUCUCGAGGGUCUUCUUGAUCGCGCAGCAACCUGGCAAAAGUCUAUGGACAGGCAUCAACUGGCCCACCUGAUUGGCCUACAUAUCCCCGCUGCGGUUGCUGCUACGUCUUCUCCCGCUGCAACAGCAGCGGCGCAGCAGCAGGAGGCGCACGCGGACGCCCCUUCUUCCGAGCCCAAGGAUGAGCCUACGCGUGGAAUGCCCCAGAGCAGCAGCACCCGGGCUUCGCUGCAGCAGCAGGAGCAAGCAGCUAUGCAGGCAGCAGAAAGGCUCCUGCAGCGGUUCGAUGCCGCUGUGCGAGCGGUUGAGAGACAGGUGGUGCUGCUGCGGAGGCGGCAGCUGCUGGAGUGGCGGUUUUUGAGGUUGUUCAGGGAACAGCGCAUGCAGCAGCAGAGUCUUCACUUUGCGCCGUUUUUGUGGAGCUUGUUGCCAGACGACGGUGAUGCUUCGGAGCCUCCUGCAGCAGCAGCAGCAGCCGCAGCUGCAGCAGCAACUGCUGCAGCAGAAUCUGUCUUGACAGAUGACACAGCAGCAGGAAACCAAGAUCUCGCGGGCGCUGUGUUGCUGCAGCUCAUCCGCUGCUCCCCAAGAGCAGUCACAGACGUGCUGCUUGAGUUUUUGCGGACGUCCCCUCUGGGGCAGUUUGAAGGGAGGCUUCGGUGUCUUGAAGGAGCAAGUUAUUGCAGGCGGCUGCUGCUGCGGGGUGCAGCAGCAACUGGGGUUUCUGCUGUUGCAGUAGGCUCUGCUCCGGUGUCCAUGCAGGGUCAACAUGAACUACGACCAGGGGAGGCUGUAGAAAAGCCUGAGGAUUCAAAGGCAGAGAUGGUGUGCGUAAUCAUGGGGGCUGUCGCGAGGUUUGCUGUUGCUUCUGGCUGGCUACGGGCUGUGCAGCAACAGCUGCAUGCAGCCCGCAAGGAGAUGGACAGAGCUGUCGGCACGCUAACGUCUUUGGCCCGGUGGGAUCUUUCCAGCCGGACGGCGAUGCGGGAGUCUGUACACAAGACUCACGUGCAGUUGGCGAAGCACGUGAAGACUUUCGAUGGGUGUCUGUUGCAGCUCAUGCAUGCAGCAGUGGGGCCCAGGGAGCAGCAGCUCCACGAUCAGCUAGUAGCUGCAGCUCUCUCUCUUCCGCUGCUGUCCCCACUGGCUGCCUCCCGAUUAGCAGUCGAAGGCAUUGCAGACGCUGCUUGCCACAGAAGCACGAGGACUGCAGCAGGGUCAGCAGCAGCAGGAGCAGAAGCGGCAGCACAAGCUGCGCCAGAAGCAGCAGGCCCCCCAGCAGCAAACACAGCAGAAGCAACUAUAACAGCAGGAGCGAAGGCUGUGGGAAGGUUCUUAAGCUUUUCCCUGGGCCUUGCAGAGGCUACUGAUGUCGACUACAGGUGUUUAAAAGACCUGCAUGCGUUUAACGACAAUUCGUCGAGUGCUGCGGAUGUAGCCCUGGAGGUGCAGGCUAUAUGCCAGGAUUUCGCUGCUACCGUCAAGGAGGCAGCAGCAGCGUCAGCAGCAGCGGCUGAAGGCCAGCAGGAGCAGCAGCAGGAGCAGCCGGACAAAGCAACGGCAGCUAGCCGCUCAAAGCCUAAGAGACAGGUGACGCGGCAGCAGAUGCAGCGAAGGUUCGCCGAGCUUCGCGCAAUGCUGCGUAGGGAAUUACAGCUGCCCUGUCUGUCUCUGUGCGGAGGGGACUCAAGCCUAUUUGCUGCCGCUCUCAACGACGCUAGUGGCCUGCCCGGGCCGCCGGGAUUACCUCACCCGCUGCAGGAUGCAGCAGCGCUGCAGCAGCACGACACCGCAGCCAGAGCAGCCGCCACUGUGUCUCGCAGGAACCUGAGCAAAGGGAGCCUGCCUGGUUGGUUAGCCACAGAUGCAGCAGUGGAGGCCCCAAAGACCAUCGGGGAGCUACUAGGGGACACUUGGGCCUCUGCUGCACAGCAGUGGUACCUGCUACUGCAGACGCUGAUGCAGUGUCAGCAGUUCGCAACACCACACAAAGACUUGAUGGGGCAGCGGGAGAUGCUGUUGGGGUUUGCUGCUGCGCUAGUGCUGCACGUAUUGCAGCAGCGGCAACGCUGCUGGCAGGCGGCCGCGCAGUACCAGGGAUUAAUGGACGCAGCGGCGGUAUCUCUUGUAUCGCCUUCUGUCACCGUGCCUUCCGCGUUGCAGCUUAAUCUGCAACGAGCGGCAGAGACACUGCAGCAGGCGCUGCAGCAGGCUGGAGCCCUUCUACCGACGCUGCAUGAGGCAGCAGCGCAAAAUGAUGCAUUAGAUCUCGCAUUUGCUGUCCCCUCCUCGGCAUCUGCUUCUGUAGCAGCCGUUAAUGGCCCAGCAGCCCUUGGCGGGGAACAGCUGCCUGCAACCGCAGCAUCAGCUGCUGCAGCGGCUACAGGAGCGGAGACUGAUGAGGCCCGCGUGCUGCGCCAUGACGUUCGGCAGCUGCGGAGUGCAUGGGAUACGCUUCGCAAGGCGCUGCAGCAGCUCGACUCACUGCAGCAGCUGCUCAUGAACAGCCCCGAGGCUCGGCGGCUCGCGGCAGUUGCUUACAGUGCAAAUUCGACCGCCUUCGAUGCAGCAGGAGAGAGGCAUUCACGUUGCAUGCGGGUACGAGUGCAGUGGCUAGAGGAGGUUGAUACUGCUUGCAAGGAAACGGUCGGUCUUCUGACGACACAAGAAGACCAUGGGUCGGGAGACAAAGGGCUCUUUGGUCUGCUACCAUCGCAUGCAGCCGCAGGUCUUCGCAGGGCCUGUGGGGUCCUGCAUGCGCAACGCGUUGCUCUUGCUGCAGCUGCUGCGACUGCUCGGGAGGAAAGCGGGAGCCGCAGCGGCGCGGGGGGCGCGGCUUUGGCGAAGGCAACAGAGACACUUCAAAAGGCCUUCUCGGCGUGCAGAGGGCAACGGGUAGUGGACCACCUUCUGCAGGUCCCCAGCGGGCUUGAGAAAGACACUGAACAGCAGCAACAGCAGCAGCAGCAGCCAGUGUUCUCUAGCCUGCCCGUGCCGUCUAUCGAGUGUCUUUUCCCCUUCGGGGACUGCACUGCUGCUGUUGAGGCCUUUAUAAUGGCAGCCCCAGCGUGCCUGACUCACCCCUUGCUCCAGACAGCCGUGGCAGGAGCAGGCUCAGCUGCAGCAGCGACGAAGACCAGCAGUAUAGCAAGGGUGGUCGUGUUGCAGACGCUGCAGCGAGCAGCAGCGGUGGUUUUGACUGCGUUCGACGCACUCGAGGGGACAGUUCGUUUGUGUCUGAGUCUGUUGCAACUGACUUGGGUGCUGCUGCAGCUGGGGUGGGGGCGGCGGAGCAACGAGGAGGAGGAGGCAGCAGCAGCAGCAGCUGCAAGACCUGAGAAGCAAAAGGACGAGUGGGUGUCAGGGACAGGAUUGGGGGAAGGCGACGGCGCCAGAGACACUUCAGAACAAAUAAAGGACGAAUGGCAGUUCGAUGGUCUCAAAGAUGAGCAGGCCGAUCCCCAGCAAAAGCCCCCAGAAAAACCAAAGACCCAAGAAGAGGACAAGGCGCUAGAGGUGUCCAUGGAUUUUGAUGGAGAGGCGGAGGCACCCCCGGCUUCGCAGGCAGGUGGCGAGAUGCAAGAGCAGGAGCAGGAGCCACUGGAGGACAGCGCUGGGCAGGUAGACUUGCAAGAAGGAGGAAAGAUAGAGAACAAAAGGUGGGAGGGAAAUGAAGGAUCUGAUGACGAAACCGAGAAAACCGAGAAGCACAGCAACCGACAAGAGGAGACGAUCGACACAGAGGGGGGCAUUCCUCAGGGAGAAGUUGAGAUGGAGGGGACAAAAGACACCGAUGACAUCUCCAACGGCAACAAGGAAACAAAAGGGGAGCAGCAGCAGCAAAAACAGCAGCAGAACUCAGACAAGACCCAGGAUGAGGGAGAUGAUGAGGGAAAACUGGAGGACCUUCCUUCGGAAGGCGACGGACUAGAGCAGCAGCAAGCCCCGCAUUAUGAACAGAAGUUGCGGGGAGGAGACCUUGGUACGGAGGAGGAGACAGGCGGCAAUGGCGAAGAGGAAGGAAGCGAAACAGAGGAAGCUGGUAGUGCAACAGCAGACGAGGCGUGCGACAGGGAGCAGCAGCAGCAGGAGCAGCAGCAGCAGGCUAGUGGUGAAGGCCCCACAGAUCGAUGGGGAGACGAUCUGCAGCUAGACGAUGUGGCUUUAGAUGGAGACGAGCAGGAAGGAGACGGCGUAGAUGAGGCGUCACAAGCUCCAGAAGAGACAGGCAAUGCAGAAGAGCAGCAGGAAAAUGCUGCUGCACCAGACGACAGCGACAACACUGGACACGGCACAGGGGAGGGAGAGGACAUGGCUGUUGAUGCGAUCGAGACCCAGCAGCAGGGGACAGGAGAUCACGAGCAGCAGAUGCAGGAGAAUCAACCCUCCGACGAAGCUGGAGAUGCAGCAGACGAUAGCAGCUGCAGUGCUGCCGACACUCAGGAGGAGGGGCCUGAUCCUGUGCCGGCUGAGGAGAAAGGGGAAGUGGAUCCGGAGGAGACAGGAGAAGAAGAGGCAGAUGAGACAGAAGGCAACGAUAAGGAUGUCCACCAGGACCCAUCGGUGCAGGGUCUAGCGGCUCCCCUAAAUGAGGGAGAAGAAAAUUCCUCAGCUGCUGAGCAGCGCCGACAGACGCCCCCUAAGAGGAAAGAUCACAAGGCCUUUGGCAUAGAAGGGGAGGGCAGCCUCGUGCAGCAGGAGACAAUGGAAGGUGACGGGGAAGAUGGCGGAGACGUCGGCGACGAGGGAGCUGACGGCUGGGAGGAGGACGGGGGAGAUGCUGCUGCUGCUGCCGCUGCAGCAGAAAAAGACGGUGGCUCCUUUACUCGCGACAGCGGCACGGGGGGAUCCCAACAGGGAGACAGCCGGAAGCCCCCGUCGCCCUUUUCGCUGCCGGAUAACCCGCUUGAAGACGCCGGAGCGGUGGAGCGCUGGCUGCAGCAAGUCAAGCUGCUACAAAAAGAUAGGCAGGAUAUAGAUGAAGACGAAAACAUCGCUGCUCAGGAACCAAACAAAGGGGACGAGUCACCCCAGGGAAGUGAAGAGAAAUCCCAGCUACAGAGGGGACAGGUCUGUCAACAAGAUGAGGCGGCAGGGACUCACGAAGCCUUUGCAGAGGCUGAAGAAUCAUCGGCCUUCCAGAGCGCCAACAAUGCAAAGCUGGCUGAGACAGACCUCAAGGAGGAGGCAGAAGCUGGAGGGGAACGACGAACGGAAGAACAGAUUUUGGAAGACAAAUUCAUAUCCUCUGUAGCUAAUGCCGAGCAGCAGAAGAAGCCAGAGAAGAAGGGGGAGGCCCGCGAGCUGUCUGCACAACUCGUAGGAGACAACACGGAUUUCAUGGAGACAGACGACCAGGGAGGCGAGGAGACUCGGGAUGAGGAUGAGGCUUCUGCACGCCUCCUUGAGCAGCUUGAACCCCAGCAAGACACGCAUUCACCAGCGCAUGACCAGCAGCAGCAGCAGCAGCAGCAGCUGCCGCUGCAGCAGCAGCAGGAGGGAGACGCAACAGAAGCUAAGAACCAACAAGAUCCAUGGCGUGCAGAAGAAGAAGAAGCAAAAACAAAACAAAUGGAGGCAGAGCUCCAACAGAGGUUGUCUCUAGAUGACGUAGGCAAGGACGGACUGUCGCCUGAACACGCAGCAGCUCUUUGGCACCUUCUUGAAGGCCGUACAGCUGCGGCAGCCGUCAGCCUGAGCGAAACACUCCGUCUGGUGCUGCAGCCGAGUGCUAAUGGGGCUUGGGAAGGAGGCUACCGAUCAGGGAAAAAGCUGAGUCUUCGGCGGGUGUUGGCCUAUGUCGCCUCGUCGCAGCGAGAUGAUCGCCUCUGGCUCCGCAGGCGGCGGCCGCAGGGAUUUCAGUACCGUGUCCUUGUGGGGAUUGAUUGCAGCAGCUCCAUGCAGCAGAUGAAUGCAGCCGCUAGUGCUCUGGAGGCUGUCGUACUCCUAGCACAGGCCUUCAACCACCUCCAGAUUGGCACUGUGAGCGUAUGUACAUUUGGCGGCCCCAAACCGGAGGUGUGCAUACACCCUACGUCACAGGUUUCUGCAGCGGACGGGCAGCGUCUGUUGCAGCGCUGCAGCUUUAAAGAGGAGUCGCGCAAGAGCCACGAAGUUGCCGUCACUGAUUUGCUGCAGCUGGCGAUACACGAACUGGAGCAUGACAGCAGCAGCAACAGCAGCAACACAACCAGCAUGGUUCUCAUCCUCUCCGACGGCAGGCUCAACAAAGAGCAAGCCAGGCCGUGGGUGAAUGCAGCGAUUGCACGGGGGUGCAUCCCUUUACUGCUCAUUCUUGAUCCGGAGCCUCAGCAGCAGCAGAAGCAGGACACAGCUGCUGCGGCCGCGGCGCCCGCCCACAGCACAAGCAUAUUUGACUUGAAGCAAGUGCAGCAACUGGCUGGGGGUGGCAUGGAAGUGACACCGUAUUUGCAUGACUUUCCCUUCCCUUAUUAUGCAGUGGUAAGAGACACCCGUCAGCUGCCAUCGGUGUUAGGAGACAUAAUUCGGCAGUGGGUUGAGGCCGCCAGCAGCCGGUCAUGA